AUUCGUAAAAUGCAGAAGGACUGCUUAAAGACUUUACAGGAAACCAGACCUGUCUCAUGAAACAUUUCGGGUGUGUCCGAGGUUUGAAACGAAAGUAAAACUAUUACUCGCUAUACGAUUUACGCGGAAUCAUCGGGGCUAAAAAUCAGAACGUGUAUGAAAGGUCAUAACUCGUCUGUAUAAUGGAGCCUUACAGGAGUCAUUACGGAUACCAAAAACUAAGGAAUAUUGUACAGGAAAGCAAUGGCAUAGGUCUAAUUGAAACACCUUACAAUGGCUUGAAAAAUCAAGGUGCAACCUGCUACCUGAACUCUAUACUGCAGUGUCUCUACAUGACCGAAGACUUCCGACAAGAAGUAGAAAGAUUUGUACCAGAUCAAAGAAACCCUGAUAAGGAAAGUUUGAUGCAAGAACUGCAGAAGCUCUUUAAAGAGAUGAAAAAAGGUGAUUGUACGACUGAAGGGAUAACUCAAAGGUUGGGCAUCGCCAAUGUCUAUGAACAGGAGGACGUAGUAGAAUACUAUCAGAAAACUCUAAAAGCAAUUGGACCACAAAGUUCUAAGGUAUUUGAAGGGAAAAUGAGCAACAAAACAAAAUGUAUAAACGAUCAUAUAUUUGAAGAGGAGUGUCACUUUUUCACCAUCCCUUUAGCCAUAGAAGCUGGACACAAUGAGGUCUUCGAAGUGCACAAUGGAUUACAAACCUUUUUUGAACGGAUAAAGUUAGAUGAAGACAACUGGCUGUAUUGUAAACAAUGUGGACAAAAAAAUGAAACAGAGACUUGGAAUGAAAUCAAGGAGUUUCCUACUAUCCUGACUCUGUACCCAAAGAGGUUUUACUUUGACUACUACAAGAUGAGGCCUGUGAAGAAUCACUGUCCCAUGGACAUUCCCCUGCAAAUUGUGAUGAGUACGAAUUUGAAAUAUGAGCUUUAUGCAGUUAUCAACCACAUAGGAAAUGAAAGUGGAGGGCACUACAAUGCUGUCAUCAAAUCCUUUGAGGAUGGCAAAUGGUACUGUUUUGAUGACACUUCUGUCAGAGAGGAGCUUCAUAAGACUAAGAAGAACUUGAAGCAGCACUGUCAUAACUUUAUGACCAAUAGACAGGACUCUGAGCCUGGACUCUUUGGUGCAGAUGAGUGCAAGAAGGCUGAUUACAAUAACCUGCCUCAUUCACUGGAACAAGCAGAGCAUGAUGAGUCUGUGUGUAAGAGUUACAUCACUCGAAUUAAAAGCUUUAGGCUGAGCCUGCUGAAUUAUGGGCCAUAUAUCAUCAGCUCCUUCAAGCAGACAGCUUUUGCCCAGGACACGAAGGAAAUUCAGACUAUGUUGGAGAAUAUAAAGGAACAAACUGAGGCACUGAUUGAAGAAACACUGACUUCUGUUCAGCAAUCCACCAGUUCAUAUAAUUUCCUUUGCUGGGAGAUUGACUACACCUUGAAAGAGCUUGAGCAUGUUUACUCUCUCUUCUAUGACUACUGCAACACACAAGAUACUGGAGACGUUCACAAGAAAUAUGAGAACCAGCUGUCUGAUGUUCACAAAGUUCCCGCAAAUGAGAAAGAAAUGUCGUCCAACCAAGAACUGCUAAAGAAAGUGUGCUCUGAAGUGAAGCCUGAUGCGUCAGUGGAGGAUGAGCUCUGUGAUCCCAUGCUGGGUCAGUUGCCUUGGCUGCAGGACUAUAGACAGAGAUAUGAGCAGCUUGUUCAGUGGAUUGCUGAUGUCAAGCAAAGGCAGGAAAAUAUCCAGGACAAACCUGUCAUUAAUAACAAAGAACUUAAAGAACAGAUGGCCGAGGGGAAGAUUCCCACAAAUAGACAAGCAUACAGAUCUUAUCUGGAAAAGCUGGACAUGCAGUACAAAACACUUCUGGAGCUUCAUAAGACUAAGAAGAACUUGAAGCAGUGCUAUCAUAACUUCAUGAGCAAUAGACAGGACUCUGAGCCAGGACUCUCUAAUGCAGAUGAGUACAAGCAGGCUGAUUACAAAAACCUGCCUCAAUCACUGGAACAAGCAGAGCAUGAUGUGUGUAAGAGUUACAUCACUCAAAUUAGGAGCUUUAGGCUGGGCCUUGAGAAUUAUCGGUCUUACAUCAUCAGCUGCCUCAAGCAGACAGCCAUUGUCCAGGACACCAGUAAACAAAAGGAAAUUCAGACUAUGUUGGAGAAUAUAAAGAAAGAAUUUGAUGCACUGAUUGAAUCGACUUCUAGUCAGCAGUCCACGUGGGCAUGUAAUCCCCUUUCCUGGGAGAUUGACCUCACCGCAAAGGAGCUGGAGCAUGUUUACUCUCUCUUCUCAGAAUACUGCACGGCAAAGUGUUUUUACUUAAAAGAACAUAGCACACAAGAUACUCAAGAUGUUCACAAGAAAUAUGAGAACCAGCUGUCUGAUGUUCUCAAAGUUCAUGCAAAUGAGAAAGAGAUGGCAUCCAACCAAGAACUGCUAACGGGUCAGUUGCCUUGGCUGCAGGAUUAUAGACAGAGAUAUGAGCAGCUUGUUCAGUGGAUUGCUGAUGUCAAGCAAAGGCAGGAAAGUAUCCAGGCCAAUCCUGUCAUUAAUAACACAGAAUUUAAAGAACAACUGGCCCAAGGGAAGAAACUCCAUGAGGAGAUCAUAAACAAUGAGGACAAAAUGAAGGAUUUUGUGAACUACGCUCUUAAGUGUGUAAAUACAAUAAAGGGUCAUGAACAUCACCAGGAAACAUGUAAAGCAUCACUGAAGCCUUUGAGCUCCAUGGUGGAGUCUGUUGCAGAAAGCAUUAGGCAAGAGAUUGACACUCUCCAAACAAGGUACAUUGAGGUGCUGAUGCUGACAAUUAAGUUUAUGCAACAAUACUUGGGAGAAAAUAGUUAAGAGUCAGCCAUAGGUAAACAAUCAAGGCACAUUCAAUGCCUGUCAUGAAUAUUCACCCCAUUAAUUUUUUACUACAUUUUGUAGUCAUACUCAAGAAAGUUGUUGUAAAACCUCCAAAGUAAUUUUUUGCUACAGUAUAUUGGAUAUAUUUUGGAUUUUAUCAGUUGUAUACUCAUGGGUUGGGUAAAAUAAAAAAAUCAAAGUCUUCAAUAUUUCUGUUAUUAUUUUAUGCAAAAUAAAUAAAGAAAUUCUGCCUUCCCUUCUUAUUUUCAAACAUGCUGUACAUAUUUGGUCAUUCAUUUUAAAUAGUCUGCACAACAAGAGUUAAUUUAAGUAAAGGACAACCAAGUAUCAGUGACUACCAUUAAACAUCUAUUUUACUUGCAUUUAUAAUUUAAAAAUGAGCCAUUUUACAUUGGAUGUAAUAAGCAAAACAGAUAAGUUAUCAGUAAUAAAUACACAAACAGAUAUUGAUAAUAAUAAUAAUAAUAAUAAUAAUAAUAAUAAUAAUAAUUUGAAAAACAGAGAUUGAACAGAGAAGUGAACAUGAUCUGCUUGAUUUCUAACAUGAUAUGCUUAACUGUCCAUAUGACCACAAUCUAUAUCUACCCUUGUCAGAGAACACUGCUAACUGGUCAACUUUGUUGUACCAAUUAUGAUCUUGUUGGUCCCUGAAUGUUCUCAGAGAAAGCUGUUCGUGGUGCAAACAAAUCAAAAUAGAGCAAAAACAAAGAACAAUGAGCAAAAACGGAACAAUGUCAAAUACACUAGAGCACCUUUAGAGAAAACAAUUGGCCUUGUAUACAAUAGAAUGAUCUAUAAAGUCUAAAACUGGAAUUGACUCAUGUGUUGACUCAUGUACCACCAGUGUGAUUUUGCAGGGAUAUGGUACAAGUAUAUAUAGUACAUAUACAUUUAUAGUUUCAGCAAAUAUAAUAAAAGUCAGCAUAUAUAAUAAAUAUUCUCAAACACUCGGACCAAUAUUAUGCUACUGUUGUUCGUUUGUUAUUUAGAGUUUUUGCUGUUCUUUCCCACUUGCAGACAUGAGAAGCUCAAGACCGAGUAGACUCAGAGUGGUAGACACCACCCCCUAACAGUUUUUCAUGUGAUUAAUUAGACCAAUUGCUUUUUAUGUUUAAUUUGUGCUAAUUUUCAUGAAUAGGUCCAACGCUUUGUUGUAAUAUUAUAGAUUUCUGUUCAGAAUGGAAAGUAAUUUAGAUGUUACACAGAACAAGUAAACAAUUUAUUAAAUGACAACGUUUUAUUAAUUUUUUCACUUAAUUCACACUGUAUUAAAUGUAUGCAACCAUGUUUAUUUAAUUUUAUGGAACAUAGAACACAAAGACUUUGACAUCCUCUGUCUAUCAAUUAAAUGUGUUUUAUUAUUUUAUUUUUUAAUCCCGCUUCACACAGUCUACUUGUGUGACAGAAUUCAUAAAGGACAGAGAAUUCAAAUGAGCUGAUGAUAUAUGACUGAGGGAAUUUCCACAUACUUUUUAGUUGAUGUUUAUUGUAAAAGGCAUGGCAAAGCAAAACAGAAAGUCACAUAGCAG